AUGAUCUCCCCGAAGGACACUGGACAUAAUGAAGAAAGAGAGGCGAGGUUGCUUGAGAGGUGUCCACCUGGCCAUGAAGGUACAAAGUUGGUCGACAUACCCAUGACAGUUCUCGAUGCUACCGGCGCCAUCAUUGUGUGGUACCUCCCGGAUGCCCUGACGGAAACCACCCAGGAAAUUCUGGCAGCCUCCGAUUUGCUCAGUCCGAGCCUUGCAAAAAGUGUAAAGGUUGAUGGGAGUUGGCGGACUAAUCAGGAUUGGUUCAAACCAAGCUCGGAAAAUGAUGGCAUAUCUCCUGGAUGCAUCAAUCUAUCUCCGGCUUGGUUUCAACAGGGGCACAAGGUGGGAUCUCAUGAGAUGGCGGUUUCCGAUAGUUACACUGACCAAUCCGGUAGAAUCUCCAUUGCCAGGCUGGCAGCCUUCGCAUCAGCCGCACUCAGGGUGAUGCAUCCUGACCUCGGACAAUCAGCCGAAAGCAAGAAUCUUCUGAGGAUGUCAGAGACCCUCCAGUACUGGGCAUCUGUGUUUAACACCCUCACCGUCAUUUCCAAUCGGCAAACCCCCAAUCAUCGAGACCACAUAUUCAUUCCUGAAUACUUCAAUAUUCUCACCACCGUGGGUAGUUAUUCGAAUGCUUGCAUGAGUAUGCCAAGUCUUCAGCUGGA